AUGAGCUCUGCUCGUCGCUCCCAGGUCCGGAUUGCUUCCCUACAGGCAGACACUUUUCUCCUUGCACCCGUACUGCAUGUGGAGAUGGGACCAGCACGGCAGGGAUGGAUGGAUAGGCGUUUACGUAAAGCCGCCGAACUUGACCGUUACAGCCAGAAGGUAAUCAUCGAGGAUGUUCGCAAUUGGGGCUUCAAGGUGGGCGUCUCGUCCCAGCCAUGGCGUUGCAGCCGUUAG